AUGUCUGUGACAGGGAUGAAGAAGCAGUUCCACAAAGCCAGCCAGGUGCUGAGUGAGCGGCUGAUGGGAGCAGAGGGAACAAAGCUCGACCAAGACUUCAUCCACAUGAAGAAGAAUGUUGCCGUUCUGCACCACAUGCUGCAUGAGCUACUGUCCAAGACCACCGACCUCCUGCAACCCAACCCUGCAAUCAGAGCCAGACUGAACGUCCUGCAGACAGUGUCCAGGCUCAGAGGUCAGAGCAGAGGUCAGAGGUCAGGGGAGUCUUACCCUCAGGCAGAGGGCAUUCUGGGAGAUUCCAUGAUGCGCUACGGCCACGAACUCGGACCAGAGUCACAGUUUGGGGGAGCUCUGACUGGAGUGGGAGAAGCUUUGCUGCAGAUCGGAAAAGCUAAAGAUGAUCUGAACACAAGUGUCAAGUGUUCUUUCAUUGAUCCUUUGCAACAUCUGCACAACACUGAGAUCAAAGGCAUCAAGCACCAGCUGAAAAAGGUGACCAGUCGGCGGUUGGACUUUGACUACAGGAGGAGGAGGAGAGGGAGGUGCUCUGCUGAGAAUCUACAGACCUCCUGGGACAAGUUCCAGACCUCCAAGGAGCUGGCAGAGAGGAGCAUGUUCCUGCUGCUGCAGAAUGAUGUGGACCACCUCAACAACCUUGGAGCUCUGGUCACGUCUCUGCUGGACUUCCACAAAAACUCUCAACACAUUCUGCAGGACCUACAGGCGAACCUCCAGACCAGAUUGACAGCAGCGAGUAACCAAUCAGAGACGAGGUACCGCCCCCAAAGGUCCAGGCUCCGCUCUGAAAACAGCUGUAGGUUUUACCACCAGCCGUCAAUCACCUCCACGUCCUCAGACCAAGUGGCUGAAAUUCCUCCCCGACCUGGAAGCCCCAUCACAUGCUCUGCCUCCCCCCUGGAGCAGCCUUGUUGCAGAGCCCUGUACUCCUUCAGAUCUGAGCGAGAGGAGGAGCUGGACAUGAGCGCAGGUGACAUCAUCGUCCUCAUGAACCGCGUCGACCACAACUGGUUCCAAGGAUCCCUCGGGUCUCGAUCUGGACUCUUUCCCGCCAAUUAUGUGGACGUGCUGGUGCCCCUUCCCUCCCCCUGA